AUGAGAGUUGGUAAAAUCGGCCUACUGAUUGCUACGUUGAUUUUCAACGCAGGGAUCUCAAAUGCAGACAUCGGUAACGAACUUGAAAAACGUAAUUAUUGUCCUACACAAGUUUCAUCAUGUUCUCUCACGCCAUAUAAUCAUGGUUACCCCGCAGCUUCCGUUUCUUGGGGAAACACUGUCACUGAUCUAGGAAAUGGUAUUUAUGAGGGUACAAUGAACUUUCAAGGUAAAGACUGUUCUCAGUUUGAUAACACCAAUGAAAUCAAGAUUGAUGGUGGUGCUGCGACAGUGGUUGUCUACUCUUACAACAACCCUUCCAAUGGAGGUAAAUCAAUCAAUGGUUGUUCUUGGAGUGCAAAAUUCACAUUCACUUCGAGACAGGAUGCUUCUGGCCAACAAUGUAUGAAGGACGGUAUGCAGAUUCAGUAUGACUUUGCUGAUGGUAAGAACUCUUUUGACUACUCCUUCGGUUGCGGCUCAGGAGGUCAAUUUGAUUUGCCUGAAAUGUGUUGGAGCGCGAAUUGUGGAAACCCACCCACAAACACCCCAACUACUACAACAUCUCCAAAUAAACCAACCACGACAACUACUCCAAAUCAACCAACGACUACGGCCAGCUCUUGUGUUCCACAAUAUGGUAACUGUGUGAGCGGAGUCUGUUGUGAGGGUUACUCAUGCAGUUCUGCCAACCCAUACUACUCUCAAUGUGUGCAGGGAACAACAUCACUACGACACUUCUUCAUCGA